GUGUAUACACGUAACUCACAAACGUGGGGGGCUAGUUUGAGCACGUUUUUCUAAUAGAGGCUGACUUGACUGCAGUUACAGCCAUGACUUUGUAAAUCAACCUCUCACAUAGGAUUCACGGAUCAUCAAAUGUCUCCAUUCACCACCUGCUGACUUCGCGUCCACACGUCGACCCCCUGACACAGACGCGCAGCGGGACCGAGCGACAUCAUGACUUUGUCAGGGACCGAGCUCGUUUCUCACCGUGAGUCUCUAGAAUCAGCCACAAGAGAAGAGUCCGCUGGUCGUGACCUGUAACGAUGCUUCCGUCUGUGUGUCGCGGGGUGUGGAGAGCUGCCGUCCACACACUCAGGACCAGCAGAGGAGCUCCACCCUGCAGACUCCUGUCCACCUGUGAUGGAGUCCCCGCUGGACUGGCUGAUGCUGACACCAUCUUUGCGUUGUCGUCAGGUCACGGCAGGUGUGGCGUCGCCGUGGUGCGAGUCAGCGGCCCGUCCUCGGCCACAGCACUGAGGCGCAUGGCCGGGCUCCGGUGCAGCCUGCCGCCUCCACGUGCCGCCCUGCUACGCAGCAUCACAGACCCCCAGGGCAAAGAGGUGCUGGACCGUGGACUUGUCAUCUGGUUCCCAGCUCCUCACAGUUUCACAGGAGAGGACAGUGUGGAGUUCCACAUCCAUGGUGGCACUGCUGUCAUCACUGCCGUCCUACAGGCUCUAGGAAGCGUGCCUGGCAUGAGGCCUGCUGAUGCUGGGGAGUUCACGCGGAGGGCCUUUCAGGCAGGGAAACUGGGUUUAACGGAGGUGGAAGGGCUCGGGGAUCUGAUCCACGCCGAGACGGAGGCCCAGAGGAGACAGGCUCUCAGGCAGAUGUCAGGAGAACUGGGACACCUCUAUCAAGACUGGAGCCACAAACUGAAACGGUGUCUGGCUCAUGUCGAGGCCUUCAUCGACUUCAGUGAGGAUGAGCUCAUUGAGGAUGGGGUCUUGAACCAAGUGGACAGGUCGGUGUGCAAUUUACAAGCAGAGAUGGAGCGACACCUAAAGGACGAGAGGAAGGGCGAGCGGCUUCGCAGUGGAGUCCAGGUGGUCAUCGCAGGAGCUACUAAUGCGGGGAAAAGUAGCCUACUUAACAAACUCUGCCAGAGACCUGCUGCCAUUGUGUCUCCCAUUGCUGGGACGACCAGGGACGUAGUGGAGACGGCGCUGGACAUCGGUGGCUUCCCCGUCCUCCUGAGUGACACAGCAGGCCUCAGGGACAGCCCCGACCUGGUGGAGAGGGAAGGGGUCCGCCGAGCUCUGGAAAGGGUGGAGCAGGCAGAUCUGACUCUAGUGGUCGUGGACUGUGCUCACGUCCCCGCUGAUGCUCAGCAGGCUGCAGCCUUCCUUCAGGGACACCUGAGGAGUGUGCUGCCCACCGUGAAGCAGCGCGAGACAGCAUUUCCCGCAGACAGGUGUCUCCUGGUGCUGAAUAAGACCGACCUGCUGCCUGAAGAUGAGAGACGGACGCUGGACGAGGAGCUGAGACAGGUCUCUGGACUUCCUCCCGUCUGUCUCAUCUCCUGUCACACUAAUGAAGGACUGCAGGACUUCCUCACAUUGCUGCACGUCCGUGUCAAAACUCUGUGUGGUGACCCCCUGUCUGGUGCCCCCACCCUGACCCAGGCCCGCCACAGGGCCCACCUGCAGCAGUGUGUGGCGGCCCUGGCUCAGUACAAGCAUUACCGGAACAUUGACCUCGCUCUGGCAGCCGAGGGUGUCCGGUUGGCUCUCACCAGCCUGGGCCGGAUCACUGGACGCGUCGGGGCCGAGGAGAUCUUGGAUAUCAUCUUCAAAGACUUCUGCAUUGGAAAAUAGUCUGAUGAGUAGGAGUGAAAACAUGAAAAACAUGUGAUAAUACCCUGUUCGGAGAGGAAAGCUGUGCUCUUGUGCCGUCCCAGAGUAUCUGCAAAGACGGCGGGACAAAAGGGCACAGCCUCGGCAUCGUGCCAGGCUUCUAGGCAUAGCCAGAUUAAAAAUAAUUAAUUUAAUGUUCUUGGCUACAGAAUACCUCUGCUCCCAAGACACAAACAUUUGUUUUCUGUUGAUGCUCUUUAACGGACCAAAAUAGUUAUAGCGUGACGAUAGGUGCCUUGUGUUUGGCAAGUCUCGAAUCGUCAUUUGAAAAUAGAUUCUCAAACCCUUUGAUAUGUGAGUAUCGGGCUCUUGGGCCACAACAUAAUACAGUCACGAUUAUUUCAAAUGAAGCCAGCUGCAGACCUCUCCAAGGUCAUGGGUGUUUACUUGUACUGCAGGACAAUGACGAAUUUGUUUUGGGGAGCAGGUACUGUAUCAUUUCAGCUUUGUGUGUGUGUGUGUGUGUGUGUGUGUGUGUGUGUGUGUGUGUGUGUGUGUGUGUGUGUGUGUGUGUGUGUGUGUGUGUGUGUGUGUGUGUGUGUGUGUGUGUGUGUGUGUGUGUGUGUGUGUGUGUGUGUGUGUGUGUGUGUGUGUGUGUGUGUGUGUGUGAGAGAGUUUCAGGGUGAGCAGUUGAACCAUAAACUUGCUCCUUUUGCUUGAAUAAUUUUGAUGUGAAUUGUGUUACUUUAAAUGUUUUAUUUGUUGUAUUAUGUUAUAUCAUGUAAAAUUGGGGAGAAAUGCUUCAUUCACAAGGAGGUGAUGUUUUCUCCUGUGUCUGUUAGUUGUUUGGUUUAUUUGUUAGCAGGAUUAUGCAAAAACUACAAACCAUAUUUCACCCAAACUUGAUGGAGGGAUGGGCCCUGGUUUUGGGAAGAACCCACAAUAUUUUGGUGUGAAUGCAGAUCAAGGGGCGGAUCCAGAACAUAGGGCAUACUUCAACAUUUUUAUUAUUUUUUCAGGGGAAAAAGCACAUGACGACUUUGAUUUGGAACUAUGUUUUAUGACAAAUAAAUAAUUUCAGUUAA